UAGGCGCCUGCGCGAGGGAGUGUGUCUGAGGGAGGCCGAGGCCAGGAACGCCGGUGUGCGCAUGCGCGACCGCCUCUGAAGGAAGCUGAGGAGAGAAAAAGGGGAGAGUUUUGUAUGCUUGCAAGAAGUAGAGAGGAGACAACAAAACAUGAUCAAAUUUUUUCUGAUGGUGAACAAACAAGGCCAAACAAGGCUCUCUCGUUAUUAUGAAUACAUGGACCUUCAUAAACGGACAAUAUUGGAAACAGAAGUAAUCAAGCAAUGCCUUUCCCGUUCAAAGGAACAAUGUUCCUUCAUUGAGUACAAAGAUUUUAAGCUGGUAUACAGGCAAUAUGCUGCUCUUUUCAUAGUGGUUGGAAUUAAUGAGACUGAGAAUGAAAUGGCUGUAUAUGAAUUGAUUCAUAAUUUUGUAGAGGUUUUGGACAAGUAUUUCAGCAGAGUGAGUGAAUUAGAUAUCAUGUUCAAAUUAGACAGAGUACACAUAAUUUUGGAUGAAAUGGUUCUAAACGGUUGCAUUGUAGAAACUAACAAAACAAGAAUUCUUGCACCUCUUCUUGUUCUUGACAAAAUGGCUGAAAGUUAGCAAGAUUAUGCUGGCGAGGCAUAUUACGUUCUUCAGAUACAAAGAAUUAACUCUUUGGGACUCCAGUAAUUUAUGUCCACAUUGUGGAUGAAAUAAAUUGAUGCUAUUUAGGUUAAAAGUGCCUACCUGGUGCUCUCGCCCUGUGGAAAUAUGUACUAUUUUAAUAUAACAAAAUGUAUAUCAUCUAUAUUUUGUGCUAUGUAUAAUUCAGUUAAGGUAAGAAUAAAUCUUUACAUACA